AUGGAAGUGGUGACUGGGGUUCUUCUCUUCUUGUUGGCUGUAGGAGUUUAUGUUGUUUGUUCUCUUUACCUGCUACACAAUCCAUACAUUCUUCAUAAGAAGAAACGCCUGGGAUUCUACUGCAGACACAUUUCACACAGGGGAGGGUCUGGAGAGAAGAUAGAAAACACAAUAGAAGCAUUUACACAUGCUGUUGAAGUGGGCACUGAUAUGUUGGAGAUGGACUGUCACCUCACACUGGAUGGCUAUGUUGUGGUUUCACAUGAUGACAACCUUCUAAGACAAACAGGAUAUGACAAAACACUGUCAUCACUUAGAUACCAGGAUUUGCCUCUAUAUGAAGAGAAACUUGAGGUCACAUUCUAUGUUGGACAUUACAGUUCAGGUAAAGACAAACGGUUUGCAUUGCUGGAAGACGUCUUCAAGAAAUUUCCCAACAUGCCAAUGACAGUUGAGAUCAAACAAAACAAUGAACUGCUCAUUAAAAAGGUCUCUAAUCUUGUGAAACAGUAUGGCAGAGAGGGCAUUACCGUCUGGGCUUCAGAGGAUUCUGACACUAUGGCUAAAUGCAAGAAGGAGAACCCCUCCAUGCCAUACAUGUUCACUCUGAUGCGUGGACUGUUGCUUAUAUUGCUCUUCUAUACUGGGCUUCUACCCUUUGUGCCACUGGGUGAAAGUAUAUUGAUGUUUUACCUACCCAGGAUUAUCAACAGGAACUACAUUCCAGAGGAAGACUAUUUGAAGACAAGAUUUGCAGUGUGUCUACUUCAGAAGUUGACCAUGCGGAAAUCUUUGUUCGAACACUUGAUCAAGAGGGGGUUGCAGGUGCAGCUAUUUGUGUGCAAUGAGGAGAGAGACAUGGAAGCAGCAUUUGCAAUCGGAGCUAUAGGAGUUAUGACCGACUACCCCACACUGCUGUCAAACUACAUUAAAAAACACCCUCCCAAAACACACACUACUUAUUAG